AUGGAGAGCGAAAAGAAGAGGAGAAAAUACUCCACGAGCAGCAACGACUCCGACACCACCGACAGUCAGGUAAUGUCGUGGUCCAGGUCAUCUAAGAACACAGGCACCAGCAGCACAUGGGUCCGCCACCAGCACAAGAAACCGUCAGAGGUAUUUCGUACCGACUUCAUCACGGCAAUGAAGCUGCCGGACUCGGCCCAGCUUGGCCCGGAUGACUUCUACGUGCUCUCGGACCCUUGGAGACAAGAGUGGGAGAAGGGAGUGCAGGUCCCUGCCAGCCUGGAGGCCAUCCCAGAGCCUGUGGUCAGGUUGCUGCCGACUGAGUCGACAGGUGGCCUUUCCAACAACACGCAGGAGAGGGAGAGCAACACCCAGCCUCCUCCCACCCAGCGCUACAGCUGCUAUGACCUGGAUGACAUGGACGUUGCCUGGCUGGAGCUGGUCAACCACGAGUUCAGACAGAUGGCACUACCAGAGCUGGACGAGCUGACGAUGGAGUGUGUUUUGGUCGAGCUGGAGAGCGUGUGCGAGGAGAAGAUGCGGCAGGCCAUCGAGACGGAGGAAGGCCUGGGCAUCGAGUACGAUGAGGACGUGGUGUGUGACGUCUGCCGCUCUCCAGAGGGAGAGGACAGCAACGAGAUGGUCUUCUGUGACAAGUGCAACGUUUGCGUUCAUCAGGCGUGUUAUGGCAUCCUGAAGGUACCCCAGGGGAACUGGCUGUGUCGGACCUGUGCUCUAGGCGUCCAGCCCAAAUGUCUGCUCUGCCCUAAGAGAGGGGGGGCCCUCAAACCCACCCGCAGUGGAACCAAGUGGGUCCACGUCAGCUGUGCCUUAUGGAUCCCUGAGGUGAGUAUAGGCUGUCCAGAGAAGAUGGAGCCCAUUACCAAGGUGUCCCACAUCCCCGCCAGCCGCUGGGCUCUGUCCUGCAGCCUGUGUCGAGAACACACUGGAACCUGCAUACAGUGCUCCAUGCCCUCCUGUAUGGUGGCCUUCCAUGUGACAUGCGCCUUUGACCACGGCCUGGAGAUGAGGACCCUCCUGGCAGAGAACGACGAGGUGCGCUUCAAGUCCUUCUGUCUAGAUCACAGCUGCACCGCCAGCAACAGUAGUGCAACCACCAACAACUUCUCCAGUUUGACCAGUGUGAGCAUUGGCAACCACACCACCACUUCCACCACCAGCGGAGCACACGCCACAGCCAGACCUGACUGGACCACCACCGGUGUGAGUUCUGAUCUCCGGCCGGACCAUCAGCACCAGCCAAACAUCUGCAGUGAUCAGGAGCAGAGGUCGGUAUUGUACCCAAUUUCAGUGUCUGCAUCAGAGCGAGCUGAGCGGGACCAGCUGGAGAGAGAGAAAGUGAGCCAGAGGAAACAGAAGCUCCAGGAGCUGGAGGAUGAGUUUUACCAGCUGGUGGACCCCAGGGAGGUGGCCGAAAACUUGGCGCUGCCCUUUUCCCAGGUGGACUUCUUAUAUCAGUUCUGGAAGAUGAAGAGGAAGUCCAACUUUAAUCGACCUCUGGUCACCUUAAAGAGAGACGAGGUGGACAACCUGGCCCAGCAGGAGCAGGACGUCCUCUACAGACGCCUCAAACUCUUCACACACCUCCGGCAAGACCUGGAGAGGGUGCGUAACCUGUGCUACAUGGUGACACGGAGGGAGAAAAUGAAACACACCCUGUGCGACCUCCAGGAAAAGAUCUUCCACCUGCAGAUACAACUACUGGAAGAGGACAUUGCUGGAGAUAAAACCAAGAAGGGAGAAAAGAGGAAGCAGAAUGGAGUGAAGGAGAAAGGGAAGGAGAGGAGAAAAAGUAGUCCUGAGAAGAAAAAGGAGAGAUUGAAGCCAGAGAACGGCUCCCUGCUAAAAGAGCUAGGUUUAUCAAAGUCCUUCCCAUUGGACAACUCUUUGUUCGACAGCUGGCUCGCCCAGUCGGUUCAGAUCACCGCUGAUGACAUGCUGAGCCAGUGGGCUCUGGGUGCCCAGCAUCGGGACAAGAGCGGUAGCCUGCUCUCCGACCAGCUUCUGCAAGGCGAGGAAAGCCUGCUAAACCUGAUGAUGGAGAAUUCCAUGCAGUCCACCUGGAAAACACCCCAGCUGGGCCGCAAACCGCGAGGGAGCAACAAGCCCCGUGCUCGUAGUAACCCGCAAUCCACCACCUUGCCCCAGACGCUGCUGUCUGCAGCGGCCGCCUCCGCCGCCAGCAGCCCCUCCCCUGCAAAGAGCCUCUGGGCAAGCGUGACGGAGGAAAAGCCCACCAAUGUGGGCCAGAAAGGGGAAAGGUCCAGGGGAUCCUCCAAGGCCUUGCACCACAACUACCUUCAUCACCACCAGACAAGAAGCUCUGACCUGCCCAGGGAACCGCCACCACAGCCACCCAUCUCCAAAAUGGAUUCCUGUCACAUCUCAGAGGACCGCGGCCCGUGGGACAGCAUCCACACAGGGAAUGGUGUUGCAUCUGGUUUCACUGCAGGCUCAUCUCCACGUCCGGCCUCCAGCCCUGGGGUCACGUUGCCCGACACAGGGGCGACCAUUCGAGGCAGGGGUCCGCGGCUCCGUCUGUCCCGCCAUGGUAAAUCCAGAGGUAGGGGCGUUAGUGGAAGUGGAGGCAUAGUAGGGCUGGAGUCUGUUGGCCUGCCGCUCACAGGAAAGGACAUCUCCCUGCUGGACGCUGCCGAGACUGACGGGUACUUCUCUGAUGGCGAGCAGAGUGAUUCGGACACGCGCUCUGGCGGACGCAAACUCCACUUGCCGCAGUUGCAUUCUGGGAACGAGGACCUGCUGAGAAGGAGCGUGCUGGCAUCCUAAAGAACUGAGACUCAAACCAACACACACACACACACACACACAUAUACACACAGUUAUCCAAGCAGAGUUCCGCUGGUAAAUUGUUUCUCCAUCUGUGCCCAAUAUACAGUCCACAAAACAUAGCUGGAUGGCUUUGUUCAACCCAAUCCCUGUCACGUUUACUAGUGGAAAAUCUCUUCAGCUCUCACCUGCUUUCUUUUGGGGGGGAACUUGAAUGUAGCUGAUGGCCUGUUGUACAGUAAAGCCUCUCCUCCGGACCAUAGUUUGUCGUUAGCUUACCACAAGAUGCGAUACAUUCAACAAAUAGGAAACAAACAUUACCUUUAGUCUUUUUUUGUUUUGUAUUUCAGAUUCAUUUUGUUUUUGGGCGUUGAAGUACCUAUUUCUUGCCUCAUGUCUGUGGUAUCUGCCAGACUUGGAGACAAAUACUUCGGGGCAUUAUUAUUAUUCAAGCUGGUUUCAGGGUCUGCUUCGCUCUUGGUCUUUAUAGCCUGAGAUGCAUCCAAUGAGUCCUUGUUUUCUUGAAUAUGUUAAGUGGAAAGACAAUUUCACACCGGAGCUGGUCUGAAUAUGUACUGAGGGGGACAUGGGAUAACAUGUAUUCAGCCUUGAAAAGCACAACUAGCUAGUCAUAAGAGCUGUAAUGUAAGCACUCGUGUGCAUAAUAGAUGCUCAUUCAGGGUUGGGGUCAAUUCUCAUCAUGUUGACUCAGUUCCAAAUUGUAUACACAAAAACCAUCAUUCUCAAAUCUUCACAGACUAAAAAAACAGAUUUCCAGCUAUUCCAAUUUUGUGACUCCAACCCUGGUGCACAUUCAGAUUGUCACACAGAGACACAAACACACAUAUACAUACCGACACACAUACUACUAUAAGCAAAUCCCUUUGCUCUCAUCACAGCUGUUGUUGAAAUAUUUGAUCUUCUGUCAGAUGCUUUCAAAUUCUGAGUUCAGUUUUUUUUUUUUUUUUUGCCUGAACCUUUGGAGAAAAAUCAUCGUAGAAACUCUGUGCCUUCUGUCGCUUGCCCUAUGCCCCUGCCUGCCUCCCCUCAACACUCCCACCCCCCACCCCCCAACCUUAUCAAUCAACCAAACAAUCAGUAAGUAGAUCAAUCAGUCGUUUCUCAAUCGGAUUUGUAACAAUCAAACCAAAAGGAAAUCCCGUUGGAUUGGCUACCGAGUGUAGCCAGUAUUGGGCUCCUUGUCACCUUAACAAUUGUCUAGUGCCUGAAACAAGGAUGUAAAUGCAGCGUUUGCCAAUAAUCAACAAAGCAUCUGCAACAGUUAGCAAAGCAGAGCCACACUGUACUAUCAAUGCAAAGAGCUGCCUACUGUUCUGUGCCCCCCCUUAACUAGAUCACGGCAGUCCAGAGCCAUCGAUAAACAGGGUUUGGCCAGGUUACACUUUGAGCACUAGCAAUAGAUAUACAUGGAGAAACAGAAAAUAAACUUUAGCCUGCUAGCAACUCCCAUUCAAAACCAGUCUUUUAGAUUGGUGGCAAAAACUUUACUGUUUUUAUGUAUUGUGUAGCCUAUUUCCUCUGUCAGCUCAGUGGUAUGAAUUAAUAAUGCUUCAUAAUUUAAGAUUCUUGUGUACAAAUAUGCCAAAAUCUUGGGCAAAAAAAUCCCUUUCACUGCCGACUGUCCUCAUUGGCAUUUAGUGAUAAGACAAAACUGGAGAAAGAACGUGACAAAAUAAUCUUAACUCAAAUAUCCACUUACUGGCUUUUUCUGAGCUUUCAACCACAACUCACAGUCUUGGCUGGCUCAGAUUACAAUGACAAUGUUCCUCAAAACCAUUUUCUCCCCUAAACUUUUGCAUCUUGUCUCAUGCAUUGUGCUGGUUAACAUGAGGGGUUCACAGUGCACAGUGCAGUUUUCAGGCAACAGACAUCAAUAGAAACAAGUUAGUCCCACUUUAUCUCAUCCAUGUGUAUCUAUGCAGUUUAUGAUAUUGGUGUAGUAAGAUGCCCAACGCUGUCAUAUUCAGCCAAGCACUGAGUAGGCAUGUUGUUGUGUAAGUUUGACGUAGCCAAGCUCUCGCAACUGAUGGCUCUGCUGCACCUGUUCUCCUGUUAGAUGAAUGAUGACAGUGUAAUAAUCAGCUUCAGAGUCCUGCACUCUUAAGUUCUUGAAUUGAGUUGUUUAAAAAAAAAAAAAAAAAUACUUUUUUUCUCUCAGAGAAUUGUAUUUUGUACUUAAAGCAGUCCAUGGUAUUCUCAGGGGUUAAGAAAAACUUAAAAAAAAAAGAAUAAAAGGUUUAAAGAUUUAUCGAAAAAGCGACGCAAGACAGAGAUACAUAUAUAUAUAUAUAUAUAUAUAUAUAUAUAUAUAUACAUAUUUUAUAUCGUAUACAGUAUAUAUAUAUAUAAAGUGAUGUGUGUAUGUCUAGAAACUUCCUUAUUUGACAAGCUUCACUGUUUUCAACUCCUAAACGACUACUACUGAGCAUGUUCCUUCUCUCAGUAUGACCAUAUGCCCAUCAGCCCUAGGUUUAAUAGUCUCAACCAAUAAUUAAUGCUCAUUUUUACUUGUUUGAAUUACCAGAUGAGUGAGACAAGUCAGAUAAACAGCUAAUAAUUAAUACCUCUGUGGUCAACUACAAGAAGGGACUUUCUUUUCAUUCACUCGGCUCUCUCACAGCUAGGACCCCACCCAUCUGGUUCCAAUGGAUUAAAUAAAGCAUCACAAGUAAUUUUAAGUGCUGCUUGACCCAGGCCUGAUGAACAGACACUUAAAUAGAGGUGCAAGUCCAGUGUACUUCCUCUGUUUGUUUUCUGUAUUGAUAGCUUCUAGCCUGUCUUCUGAACUGACCACGCCAAAGAACAGAUCUGUGUAUCAAGGCAGCAUAUUUACAUUUUAUCUACACAUACACAUGCUCCGUGUCUGGUUUUCAAGAUGAAGAAUGUUAGAUAAGGAUGUCAAACAACCCUGCCAGUAAUGUCCAGGUCAGCUUGGUUUAAUCUCAACCUGGUUCAACCCAGCUCGAUAGGGUUCAGUCAGAAACGCCGUAAGCUCAGGCACGGUGCCGCGGUGUUGUGUGAGCUCCUCCAUUGCAAUUCUGCUACACCACCACCAAUAAAGCCAUCCUGUAUUCUCCCACAUCUGCAUUCACAGGGGUUCACAUAGGAAAAGCCUGUCACCAUAGUAAUGGGCUGGCGAUGGGAGUUCAACGCAGACUCGCACAUAUUAACCCCCUUCAGAAAAAUCCAAAUGCUGCUGAACUAAACACACAACAUACAGCUCUCUCUCUCUCUCACACACACACACACACACACACACACACACACCAGAGCUGGUAUAACAGGGUUAUAAUGUACAAGAUGACUUAGUUUUUUAUGUAUGUGGUCCUGACUGCAUCAGGAAGUAUGAGCUCACUCAGAGCGAAACGCCCCCUAUCAGCAAGAGAGUAUUAUUACUUUUGACAGCGCAGCGUCUCCGUCUCCUUUGUCCUUCAGAUGUAGCCAUCCUAAAAUAUUCACAUUAUUAGUCCUCCAACCUCGUCCAAGUCCGGAAAAAAAAAAAACUCUUUUGUUGUGUUUUUGUGUUGAAGUAUUGUCAACACAAAACCAUUCAGCAGCUGCUGAAUUAGUAAAACAGCAUAGAUACAGGACAGGUUGAGGAUUUUGGACUUCUACGUUGGCUACUGUUAUUACAACACCCAUGGAAACUGACCACAACAACAAUAACUGCAAAAAAGCUUGUGUUUUGAAGCGAGGAUGUGGUGACGUAUCAUUAUUACGGCCCACAGAAUCCUCCACCAGGUGGUUGUUACCAUUCAUGGGUUGCUAAGACAAAAACAUGUAAUCUUGGUUUCAAUAUUCAAUGUUCAGAGUAGCCUGACUUUGUAGACAGUGGUAUUAGACAAGGCCUCACAUGUAUGGCCUUAACAUGUAGUAGCAAAUGCUAAGGCUGCACAGCGGAGGCAGGAAAACAAAAAUGACUUUUUUUGGCUGAAUUUUCUCACCAGUUGUAGUUGUGGAGGUGGUUAGGUGAGUUAGACUUUCUAAAGAUUCACCCCUAUUUGUAAGUCAGAUUUGAACCCAAGAACACUCCAAUGUAGAACCUUGUCAGGCAAAUUCCAGUUUUGAUUUAGUUUUCCUCGAUACUGUGCAGCCUUAGCAAACACAAACUGGUUAUUAUUCUAUAUUUACAGUGUGGCUUCAAUGCCAUCUCCUUCUGCUUCAUAGAUACUGUAGACUGGAGUCUUUUGCAGGUUUUUUUUUUUAUCAAUAUCUGCUAGAAUACAACUUCAAAGCAUCACUGUCCUUUGUGUGGUACGCUGGUGUGGGUGUUGGCUGACAGCCCGAAAUGUGCUCUGAUGAUCUUUGAAUUUUGCAACUCUGUCAGGUUGGAUAUCCAGAUUAGAUUUUUCUUUUCUGGGUUUCAUCUGUCAUAUCAGUCAUGGUGCGUCAGAGUGAAGCAUCAGUGUCAGUAUCAGCUCCAAUAUUGGAGGUUAUGUUCUUCAGUGCAAGCUUACCAUUUAGAGUGCAUGGUUAAGACAUUAUGCAUAAUGGAUAAAUAAACAUCUAUACAGUUUUCUAAAUGGUGAGCUGGUGCAUGUGUGAGGCAACACCCUCUCCUCUGCAGGAGUUGGCCUGAAUGCUACACCACAGAAAUAAGCUGGUGGGCAUCGUGCAUGUAAUGGCAGGUCAGAAACACACCUACACACAGUGAUGCACUCCAUCUAGCCUUCUGCUGAAAAGCUGGUUAAAGGCCAACACUGGUUGCUGCAGGCAAUUGGAACCUUGCCUAUAAUUCACACAGCUGCUGUUUACUGUACUGACACUGUUGUAAACUCCCUUGGAAAGACAUCACUGCUCCAACAGGGCUGGGUUCCUCAGAACUUCCUCAGCUGAGCAAAGAUCACAUUUAAAGCUUUUUAUUAGUAGGGAGGCAAGUUAGGACCUCCCAGCAACAAAACACUAGUAAAUGUUGUUGUACAAAUGGAUUUAUGCAACAAAACCAUCUGGUUUAAUUGAACAGGAAAUGUAGAAGAUGUACAAAUUCUAAACAUUGCAUCUACUGAAUGGAAAAAAUUUAUUAAUAAAAAAAAUAAAAAUAAAACUGAUUGUUGCCCUGAGGUGGUUUUGGGGAACCAGAAGGGCAACCAGGAUGCUGUUCUUAGGAUGUCUCUCUUCCUCUGUGGUUGCUCCUUCAUCCAAUAAGAAAGUGGUUUGAGGCUGUGCUUAGGUCAGUAAAGCCAGGAUUGGCAAAUGCUUUCGAUUCUUUAGUGGUGAUAAAUUUCAUUUGAUGCUUUAGCACAUUGUUUUUCCACAAAGCUGGUCUGUCUAUGGAAUGGAUCAAACUGACAAGAGACUGUCACGUUUUGAUCAUUUGGAAAUGCAGGCUGACCCACUGACUGCUUAGUGCUUCCUGUUUUUGAUAUUAUGUCCAGUCCUUGCUUUAAUGCCCUACGCCAGCAAUACAAACCCACCCACCCACCUACCCACCACUGGAGUUAAUACACAUUUACAAUAAUGUAUCAUACUGUUCAACUACUACUACUACUACUACUACUACUAGACAUGUUCAUUUUCCGUGUUUUGAAAAAGCCUUUGGAAGCUGUUUUUUUCUCCUUUUGUAACGCUUUAGCUGGCCGCCGUGGCUCGGAUCAAAUUAGAAUGCUGACUCAUUAUCUGCUUACUCUGUUUUUACUGGCGCUUUGCUCUCCUCUCCGUUACAGCAAAGUUAUGGCUUCAAGGUCUCAACAUCCACAACCCAGACACACUGCACAGAUUGGAGGUUUAGUCAUACAGACUGAGUCGCUGUGGAAGCAGAAACAAGGUCAAUUGUCAAGUUAAGCCUAAAUUGGUGGAGUCAAAGAACCAUAGUGAUUUGAAUCAGAGGGCCUUUUCUCACUCAUUCAUGAUCUUGCGGGGUAGCUAAUUGGCAUACCAAGAUCAAUACAAGUACAGUCAGUUUGAACUGAAGGUCAGUUAGGCAAACUAGCCGAACUAUGCCCAUUACCAUAUGUGAGAAAAUGCCUGGGCCACGUUUAUUGAAAAAUGGCAAAUACUUUAGGAUUCCAGCUUCUCAAAUGUGAGGAUUGAUUCUGCUCUUUGUCAUACACAAUAGUGAAAACAAUGUUUGGGUUUUGGACUAUGCGUUGGACAAAACUAGACAUUUGAAGACGUCACCUAGACCAAACAAGGAAUUGAGUAAUCAAGGAAUAUAAUGAAAAUAAUAAUACAAUGAAAAUGAUCAUUAUUUGCAGCCCUUCAGAUUACAUUGCUCUGUUAGAUCUAAUUUCCCCACAUGAGUUGCUUGGGAGACUCAAAUUUGUGAGGGGGAAUUUUAUGCCUUUAUUGGACAGCAACACUGGAGCAAUUACAGGAAAUUAUAGGGAGAGCGAGGUGGGGCAGGAAAUUCAACAAAAGUCUUUGGUCAGAAGAGAAACAGGGAUGUUGUGGUUCAUGGUUGGCACAGAGAGUAGAUCAUUUAACAAUACUUCAUUACGAUUAUACCUAUAAUUGAUCCUUUAGUCAAUUAAAUGUCAAAAAAUAAUGAAAAAUGGAAAACCUUUUUCUUCAGAUGGCUUGUUUUGUCCAACCAACAGUCCAAAACCCAAAGAUAAUCACUAGAAUUAUAAAAAAAAGACUUAAUUUUCUUUUAAGUGACUUAUCAAUUAAUCAACUAAUUGUUUUGCAUGACUCAUUGCCUUCCCGAGAAGUAAGAGUUGACAGUACUCCGCUCUGCCAACAAAACACCAAGCAGAUGUGUAUUUUCAUGUUAAGUUAAAGAAAACCUGACACAUCCUAAAAGCUUCCCUCCUGUUUUUUACUAUUUGCCUUUUCAGUGGGCUUCAGUCCAACAUCACUUGCUCCACCCACCAAGGUUCAACACAAACGUUGAGGUUACAUCUGCCUCCAGAGCGGCUCCGAGAAAUUUCAAACUAAAGCUCCCAUCUACACAAACUGCGCACCUUACUCUGUCUCCACCAUCCAACAUCUUCCUCACUUUUCUUCCUCCCACCACCAGCAAAGUCCCCCUAAAAACCACCCCUCCUGUCAUGUCCCUCCUGCCCACAACUACUCCUCUCUUCUCUCCUGUCCGGUGAUCGAUCAGCCUCCUUGGCCGACACGUGUCUCUUUUCGAAUUGCUUUUGAAGCAUUGGACGAUCAAAAAAAACAACAACGUUAAACAA